AUGUCUACGCCGAGAGCACCCAACGCUAGUUCCAAAGCUUCCACUAGUUCCACUGACCGUGUUACAAGGUCUAAAGCUUCUACUUCAAAUGAGGAUUUGUUGAAUAUUAUUCUGUCUUUCAAGUCUGAAGUUCUCGCCUCAAAUAAAGCACUUUCUAGCUCACAAUCAUCGCAAUUUAAUAGUCUCAAAUCAGAAGUUUUGAAAAUCUCUGAGCAGAUGAGUGAACUCAAAAAUGAAAAUGCAAUAUUAAAAGAGGAAAUUGGUACGUUAAAGUUGAAAAUGAAUAGCCUUGAAGAAAAAAGCCCCUCAACUAAUCCAUCUGCAAUUACUAACCUGGUUUUACAAGAACUUUUUGAACGUGACCGCUGUUCCUUCAACGUGAUUGCUCAUGGUGUGUCUGAGUCCACAUCUUCUUUGGUAGCCGAACGAACUGCAUAUGAUAAAUCCACAAUUUCUAAUAUUUUACUGCCACUUGGAGACUCUCAUCCGUUGAAUCUCAAGUUCAUAAGGAUUGGAAAGCCACGUCCAAAUAGUACUCGCCCAUUGAAGCUAGUUUGUGCUAGCAAAGAGGAAGCAAAAUCCUUGCUAUACCAAUACAAUGAACUUAAGCGGUCAGGUACUCAAUUUCAAAAUGGUUUCAAUCUUGUCAAGGAUAAGACUCAACUUGAAAGACAACAAUUGCGCUCUUGUCACGAAGAAAUGGCGGCGCGUGCUGCAAGGGGAGAAUUGAAUCUGCGCAUCUACUUUGAAAAUGGAUCGCCAAAGGUUGGGACUAUCCGGUCAAAAAACGAUCAUCAUCUUCCUCAACUUCCUGUCCAUUAA